CAUCUCCAUUUCUUUUUCAUUCUUUUUUCAUUAAUACGCCCUAAUUUAGUUUUUAGUCUCAUCUUUUUAUUUUCUACACUCGCCGGCAAACAUUAUGGCUAUCGCCGUCGUUUCUUCUCGGAGGAUGAUGAUAAACAUCAGAAACCCAAUUCGACGAUUCUUCACCGACUUAACUAAACCGAGUUCCAUCACACCGAUAAACCAAGACCAUCUCCUCCGAGUCUGUACAAUCCUCUACCAACAACAACACUCUCCUGAUUCACGUCUCAUCUCAAACCUCUCCUCCACAAAAUUUCAACUAACUCACGAAUUCUUCCUCCAAGUCUGCAACAAUUUCCCACUCUCAUGGCGUCCGGUACACCGUUUCUUCCUUUAUUCUCAAACCCACCACCCCGAUUUCGCACACACCUCCACCACCACUAACAAAAUGCUCGGAAUCAUUGGGAAAUCGAGAAACAUGGAUCUUUUCUGGGAAUUAGCUCAAGAGUUCGGGAAACGCAAAUUGGUUAAUGAUAAAACGUUUCGGAUUGUGUUGAAAACGCUUGCUUCUGCUCGUGAGUUGAAUAAAUGUGUAACCUUUUUUCAUCUGAUGAAUAAGUUUGGGUAUUUGUAUAAUGUGGGAACGAUGAACAGAGGAGUGGAGACUCUGUGUAAAGAGAAGCUUGUUGAAGAAGCUAAGUUUGUUGUUAAUAAGCUGAAGGAGUUUAUUAAACCUGAUGAGGUUACUUACAGGACGAUGAUACAAGGGUAUUGUGAUGUUGGUGAUUUGAUUGAAGCUGCUAAGCUUUGGAAUUUGAUGAUGGAUCAAGGGUUUGAGGUUGAUGUUGAAGCUGGUAAAAAGAUUAUGGAGACCUUUUUGAAGCAGAACCAGUUCGAUGAAGCUUCUAAGGUCUUUUAUGUGUUGGUUUCGAAGAGAGGUGGUGAUUUGGAUGUGUCUUUCUACAGGGUUAUGAUUGGUUGGUUGUGUAACAAUGGUAGGAUUGAUCUGGCACUUAAUGUGUUGGAGGAAAUGCGUGAGAGAGGUGUUCAGGUGGAUAACUUAACUUUGGGGGAUAUAAUUUAUGGUCUGUUGGUUAAACGAAGAGUUGCAGAGGCGUAUAAGAUUGUGGAAGGGAUUGAGAAUCUGGAUAUAAGUAUCUAUCAUGCGUUGAUUAAAGGGAAUGUGAAGAUUAAACGUGCAAGUGAAGCGACUGAAGUUUUCAGGAAGAUGAUAGAGAGAGGGUGUGAGCCGAUAAUGCAUACGUAUCUUAUGUUGCUGCAAGGACAUAUGGGGAGAAGAGGAAGGAAAGGACCAGACCCGUUAGUGAAUUUCGAUACGAUAUUCGUUGGAGGUAUGAUCAAGGCAGGGAAACAGUUGGAAGCAACGAAGUAUGUUGAGAGAACGUUCAAGAGAGGGCUUGAAGUUCCUAGAUUUGAUUACAGCAAGUUCUUGCAGUGUUAUUCUAAUGAGGAAGGUGUGGUUAUGUUUGAAGAGAUGGCUAAGAAACUUAGAGAAGUGAGCUUGUUUGAUUUGGCUGAUAUAUUUCAGAGGUAUGGAGAGAAGAUGAGUACAAGAGAGAGAAGGAGAGAUAGAUAAAUUUAUGAAGUUAUAGACAAUACGCAAUAUUCUGAUAUUGUAAAUACAAAUUUGAAGUUUUUUGUUUGUUUGGAAAGCAAUGGUUGUCUUGUCUCGAACAAGCAGACAAAGAGAAAAAAG